UUGAAGAAGCCGUUGGAAAGCCUGUCCUUAGAUGACAUAGAUAUUCUCAUGAAAUACAUCUACAGGGGCUUUGAAUCUCCAUCGGAAGGUUCAAGUGGACAUCUCCUGCUAUGGCAUGAAAAAGCCUACAAUGUGGGAGGAGCGGGUUCUAUCAAAUCAUUGAUAUUAUUGUGCUGUGCCACAUUAUGCAUUGCAUCUCAUCACGAGGGCCACGUAAUACCCGUAGAAGGAUACGAAACUGAACUGCAAAAUUUAGGAGAACACGUGGAAAUACCUGAAACACCUGUAAAAGUUAUCAAGAUUACCAAGACGGUAGCUGUUAAAGUCCCCGUGCCUUAUCCUGUUAAAGUCUAUGAAAAGGUUCCGUAUCCAGUUCACGUAAACAAACCUUACCCAGUACCCGUGCCGCAAAUAAUAAGAGUACCUUAUGACCAACAUGGUCCCCAAAUCCCUCACGGCCACGAGGCUCUGGACAUAGGACAUAACGGCCAGUUUCACAACCAAAAUAACGAGAACUCUUAUCAGGUUCAAGAGAACCAACACGAUAUUCCCAAUUAUGGCGAUUCAAUAAACAAUGUGUAUGAGCGCGACGACUCUGGCAAUGGAAAUAAUUUCAAUGUUGAAGAAUCCCACGGCGGCUUUUACGGCCAACCGUCACAAGAGUAUCAUGAACCCCUGAAUGAUCCUGACCAAAAUACUUAUGAGUCCAAGAACUACAACUUGGCUAUACAGAAUUACCUUAACCAAAUGAAUCACCGAGCUCAUUGA